GGCAGCAAGUGGGGCUAAGAUUUCAGUCCUGUCUGGGGACUUCACACUAGGAUGGCCCUGCAGUCACUGGCUCUGAGGUUUCUCCUGGCCUUUGCAUCUCUACUGUCAGCACAUGGCCAGGAUGAUUUUUUCAACAUCCAAAUAGUGCCCCAGGGAACAGCUAUGCCAGAAAUGUGCCGAAGGCCCCUGUGGGACUCCACACUCCAGCUGGUGCCAGACCAGCAGAAUUAUAAGAAUGAUGAAGUGAUGCUGAGCUGCCCUGAAGGUUUCCAGCCAUCCUUCAGCCAUAUCAAAUGUUCUAGUGAAGUCCAGUCCUUCACUCGUGGGAAACCUGUAUACAGAGAAGUGUGGACUGGAAGAAACUCCAGAGGUGUCUGGGUCCGCAUUCGGUCCAGCGUGGAGUGCAGUGAAGUCUUCCAGGUUGACCCUGAGACCUUUGAGAUUUCCAGCACCAGCAUCAAACUGAACUGGACCUGCAGGUUCCCUGAUGCCUGCCAGGGCAUGAGGGCCAUGUGCCGGCUGGCAGCGCCUUCCUCCCCUCCCUGUGAGGCUGAGGAGGUGAAGGGAGAGCAGAUGUUACAUGGCCAGGAGGGAACAUUCACCUGCUCCCCUUUGCAGCCCUUCACUGAGUACAGUGUCACCAUCGACUUGCCCCCCAACACAACCCUUUUCUCGUGGUUGUUCACGACAGAGGAAAUAGUGCCGGACAAACCGCAGCAGCUGUGGCUGGAUCCCGACAGGGGCUCUCUCCGCUGGAACUCGCUGCCCUCCUGCAACGGGGAGAUCAUCGGAUACCAGCUGAGCAUCACAGCCAGGAGGGCAGGGGACAGCAGCGUGCUGGAGACGGAGCGGCUGCGCCUCAAUGGCUCCGUCAGCGAGCACCGGCUGCCGGAGCACAGCCCUGGCAGCAGCUACACCGUGACGAUCCAGGGGCUGACGGCUGCUGGAGCCGGGCCCCCGCUGAUGAGGGACUUUGACAGCGACAGCUCCGACACCCCGCGCCGCCGGGGCAGCGGCUGCCGCAGCGUGGGCGACAUCGCCCCGUCCCAAGGCACGGCCGUGCUUCCCCUGCGCCCCCUCGCCCGGGCCCCCGGGGCAGCCAGGGAGCACCAGCUCAUCGUGGCCGCCACGCACAACGCCUCGCUCAUCGAGGGCAUCUGCUCGGGCCGGCCGCAGCUCUCCAACACCAGCGUCUACGUGGCCGCUCUUCUCAACCUCACCGCCCCCACCGACUUCGUGCUGGGCGACGGCAGCCGCGGCCCGGGCCAGCACAACGCUGCCCUCCGCCCGGGCCGGGACUACACGGCCCUGCUGCGCCUCAGCCGCCUCUGGCCGCAGGCAGAGAAGUUCACCUGUGUCUGCUACAGCUUCUCUGUCGGGCAGACUGCGUUCCAGUGGCAUGGGAUUGUGAUUGGACUGGUUGUGCUGUUGGCAGUCCUCCUUGUGGCUGCAGUCAUCCUGUGGUUUGUGCUCUCCAAGAAAAAGAAGUAUUUGCCCAACAAAACUAAGGAGGAUAGUUAAAAAGGUAAAGGUGGCUAGGCUGGAGAUCAGUCUAUCCGGGACCAUGGAGACAUCCAGAGCACUGAGGAUAUGAAGAAAAUGGGAAGGAUAACCCCACCCCAGUGCUGAUGACUGCUAUGUCCCCUGGCUCUCCUGUGACUGACCAGCAUAGAGGUCUCAUGUAAUUCAUCCAAUUCAGCAGGGCAUGAGGAAAACAGAAGGCCAAGGAGGGUUGAGCUUUUUCAUUCCUCACCUCCUAGGUUUUGCUUACUGCUUUGUAAGGCCUUUGAAACUGGCUUUCUGUAAUCCUUUUUUCCAGGCUUUGCUUUCAUUUUUGCUUUCCUGGAAGCAUAACUUGUAUGCCAGAUUUCCCAGUCCCAGACUCACACAGGCUCAGGCUGAUGGCAUUUGCUGUCCUCUGGGCUCCCAACCCUUCUGCCCUUUCUGUUGAUAUUCAGCCAACAAAGCCAAGGGUUUUGCUAGGCCUGGCUGAAUGCUUUGUGGCUCUGCCUAUUCUGUCUGGACAACAAAUAAAGGCUUAUG